AUGCCACCAAAGAAGAAACCUAAAACCAAAGAAGAAAUAAAAGAGCAGAAACGAAUUGCAGAAAGAUUAAGAUAUCAACGGCUAAAGAAUGACCCUGUAAAAAGAGAGCAAUUGAAGGAAAAAGAACGACGAAACUACCAAAGAAAGAAGGAAAAAGGCAUAAGAAAGUCAGUUAAAUAUAUGAGUCGACGUGAACACAAAGCUGUGACUAAAGAAUGGAGAAAGCACUGUGCUACAUAUCGCGCAAAAAAAAAAGCUUUAAAAGAAAUUACAAACAAUUUUGUACGACAUAAUACGCCUGAAUCCGAGGGUUCACCUUCUCCUCAAAGUUCUGUCGCUCCAUCAAUACUACCUAUGACCACUCCACGAAGUGAUGCAAGUAAUGCGAGAAAGCGUAAUGCUAGAAAGAAACGUGACAAAAUUAUAAAGGAUAAAGACAAAAAGAUCGAGUAUUACAGAAAAAAAUCCGAGAAGUAUAGGAAGAGAUUAGAACGUUUGGAAAAAGCUAAGACAAAGAAAAAUGUAGACACACCUAACACUAAACUGACCGAAAUGUGUGAUUCGCCAGGAGCUCGCAGAGAAGUAGUCAAAAAGGCGCUAUUCGGUGAAGUGUUGAAUGAGAGCCAGCUGAAAGAGAACUACGCUAAUUUAAAAACCUGCAAAGAGAAACAAAUAUUCGGAAAAGUCGUGUCCGGUAAACUAAUACACAAGUACAAGUUAUGGCGAAGCAAAGAUAGUUCCAUAUCUUAUAAAACAAUUCAGAAGUCAGCGCGUCAAUCGGGUUUAGUACCCAAGCUUCGGACUCGCAAAGACAAAAUUUCAUCUGAUUGCAUAAACACUGUACGAACCUUCUACGAAAAUGAUGACAACAGCAGACUUGGCGCAGGAAAACGAGAAUGCCUGACCAGAAAAGGGGUUAAAAAACAGAAAAGAUAUCUAUCGGAUAGCAUUGGAAAUUUAUACAAGAAGUUUCAAGCUGAACAUUUUAAAAUAAGCUACCCAACGUUUUGUCGUCUACGUCCUUUCUGGGUCAUAACACCAAAUGUAAACGAACGUAACACGUGCCUCUGCAUUAAGCACGCGAACAUCGAUCUGAAACUGUCAGCAUUGCACAGAAGAAGAAUUUUGACUUACAAUAGUCACACUGCACUGCUUGAAAAGACAUGUUGUAAUCGCUAUGACGAGCUAUGUUUGUCACGAACCUGUCAACGCUGUAUUGACAAAAAUCCUGACUACAAGGAGUUUAAUGACAGCAAGCCUAUUGAAUUUAAACAAUGGAUAUCUGAGAAACAAACUUACAACGACCCCAAGACCAAGAAUGCUCGAACAGUUACCAAAUACCUAAAGAAAAUGUUCACGGUUCGCCCUCGAGAACUAAUAGAAGAGCUGCACGAGGAUUUGGAAGCCUAUUAUCAACACGAGAGAAACAUUACCCAUCAAUACAAUGCUAUCAAGAAAUACAAACAAAACCUUACCGACGAAGACGCUAUCAUACAUAUGGAUUUUUCAGAAAAUUAUUGUUCCAAAUACGGUGAAGAAAUACAAGCAUUUCAUUUGUGA